ACAACAGAUCCAUUUCUUGGCGACGAAGAACCCACGGAUAUCACAGUAAAUGGAGACAUAGACAUACCUACAACUGAACUGACAGGAAACUGCGAUAUGGCACAGGAUAACGAGCAGGAAACAUCACAGGAAAUUGAUCCCAACCAGGACGAUGAUAGUUCAUCGUUGAAAGAAGAUGUCGAAAUAUCGCCAGAGACACUUUCUGUAAAAGAGGACACUACAGAUAUUGCAGAGAAUGUAACUUCAGCUGAAAUGCUAUCAUUGGAAACUUCUGAUAAAAGUGAUCUCCCAGAGGAUAAGAAAGAUGAAAAGGAAGAAGAAACAGUUGAUGUACAUGGUAAAAUUGAACCAUCUUUGGCACUUAAUACUGUGUUAUCAACAGAAAAUUUUUUGGACGACGACGAAUUUAAGGAAACGUCAGAAGAUGGUAAUGCAUCAAAUGAAAAGACAGAGGAAGGCCAAAAGGACACAGUUGACACACAGGAUACAGUUGAGCCAUCUUUGGCAUUAGGUGUCGUCAUAGCACCAGAUCCAUUUCUUGGCAACGAAGAAACCACGGAUAUCACAGUAAAUGGAGACAUAGAUAUACCUGCAACGGAACUGACAGGAAACGGCGAUAUGGCACAGAUUCAAGAACAAGAAACAUCACAGGAAAUUGCUCCCAACCAGGACGCUGAUAGUUCAUCGUUGAAAGAAGAUGUAGAAAUAUCGCCAGAGACACUUUCUGUAAAAGAGGACACAACAAAUAUUACAGAGAAUGUAACUUCAACUGAAAUAUCAUCAUUGGAACCUUCAGAUAGAAAUGAUCCGCCAGAGGAUCAGAAAGAUGAAAAGGAAGAAGAAACAGUUGAUGUACAGAGUAAAGGUGAACCAUCCUUGGCACUAAAUGCUGUGUUAUCAAUAGGAAAUAGUUCUGAAGGCAAGGAAUUAAAGGAAACGUCAGACGACGGUAACGCGUCAAAUGAAAAGACCGAUGUAGACCAAAAGUACACAGUUGAAACACCGGAUACAGUUGAGCCAUCUUUGGCACUAGGUGCCGUCAUAGCAAAGGAUCCAUUUCUUGGCAACGAAGAAACCACGGAUAUCACAGUAAAUGGAGUCAUAGAUAUACCUACAACGGAACUGAUAGGAAACGGCGAUAUGGCACAGAAUCAAGAGCAAGAAACAUCACAAGAAAUUGCUCCCAACCAGGACGCUGAUAGUUCAUCGUUGAAAGAAGAUUUAGAAAUAUCGCCAGAGACACUUUCUGUAAAAGAGGACACAACAAAUAUUACAGAGAAUGUAACUUCAGCUGAAAUACCAUCAUUGAAACCUUCAGAUAGAAAUGAUCCGCCCGAGGAUCAGAAAGAUGAAAAGGAAGAAGAAACAGUUGAUAUACAGAGUAAAGGUGAACCAUCCUUGGCACUAAAUGCUGUGUUAUCAACAGAAAAUAGUUCUGAAGACAAGGAAUUAAAGGAAACGUCAGACGACGGUAACGCGUCAAAUGAAAAGACCGAUGUAUACCAAAAGUAUACAGUUGACACACCGGAUACAGUUGAGCCAUCUUUGGCACUAGGUGCCGUCAUAGCAAAAGAUCCAUUUCUUAGCAACGAAGAAACCACGGAUAUCACAGUAAAUGGAGUCAUAGAUAUACCUACAACGGAACUGAUAGGAAACGGCGAUAUGGCACAGAUUCAAGAACAAGAAACAUCACAGGAAGUUGCUCCCAACCAGGACGCUGAUAGUUCAUCGUUGAAAGAAGAUGUAGAAAUAUCACCAGAGACACUUUCUGUAAAAGAGGACACAACAAAUAUUACAGAGAAUGCAACUUCAGCUGAAAUAUCAUCAUUGAAACCUUCAGAUAGAAAUGAUCCGCCAGAGGAUCAGAAAGAUGAAAAGGAAGAAGAAACAGUUGAUGUACAGAGUAAAGGUGAACCAUCCUUGGCACUAAAUGCUGUGUUAUCAACAGAAAAUAGUUCUGAAGACAAGCAAUUAAAGGAAACGUCAGACGACGGUAACGCGUCAAAUGAAAAGACCGAUGUAGACCAAAAGUACACAGUUGAAACACCGGAUACAGUUGAGCCAUCUUUGGCAUUAGGUGCCGUCAUAGCAAAAGAUCCAUUUCUUAGCAACGAAGAAACCACGGAUAUCACAUUAAAUGGAGUCAUAGAUAUACCUACAACGGAACUGAUAGGAAACGGCGAUAUGGCACAGAAUCAAGAGCAAGAAACAUCACAAGACAUUGCUCCCAACCAGGACGCUGAUAGUUCAUCGGUGAAAGAAGAUGUAGAAAUAUCGCCAGAGACACUUUCUGUAAAAGAGGACACUGCAGAUGUUACAGAGAAUGUUACUUUAGAAGAAAAACCAUCAUCAAAAUGUACAGACAAUAAUGAUCCAAUAGAGGAUCAGAAAGAUGAAAAGGAAGAAGAAACAGUUGAUGUACAGGGUAUAGUUGAACCAUCUUUGGCACUAAAUGCUAUGUUGUCAACAGAAAAUAUUGUGGACGACAAAGCAUUAAUGGAAACGUCUGAAGAUGGCAAUGCAACAAAUGAAAAAAACGAUGUAGACCAAAAUGACACAGUUGACACACAGGAUACAGUUGAGCCAUCUUUGGCAUUAGGUGUUGUCAUAACAACAGAUCCAUUUCUUGGCGACGAAGAACCCACGGAUAUCACAGUAAACGGAGACAUAGACAUACCUACAACUGAACUGACAGGAAACUGCGAUAUGGCACAGGAUAACGAGCAGGAAACAUCACAGGAAAUUGAUCCCAACCAGGACGGUGAUAGUUCAUCGUUGAAAGAAGAUGUCAAAAUAUCGCCAGAAACACUUUUUGUAAAAGAGGACACUACAGAUAUUGCAGAGAAUGUAACUUCAGCUGAAAUGCUAUCAUUGGAAACUUCUGAUGAAAGUGAUCCCCCAGAGGAUAAGAAAGAUGAAAAGGAAGAAGGAACAGUUGAUGUACAUGGUAAAAUUGAACCAUCUUUGGCACUUAAUACUGUGUUAUCAACAGAAAAUAUUUUGGACGACGACGAAUUUAAGGAAACGUCAGAAGAUGGUAAUGCAUCAAAUGAAAAGACAGAGGAAGGCCAAAAGGACACAGUUGACACACAGGAUACAGUUGAGCCAUCUUUGGCAUUAGGUGUCGUCAUAGCACCAGAUCCAUUUCUUGGCAACGAAGAAACCACGGAUAUCACAAUAAAUGGAGACAUAGAUAUACCUGCAACGGAACUGACAGGAAACGGCGAUAUGGCACAGAUUCAAGAACAAGAAACAUCACAGGAAAUUGCUCCCAACCAGGACGCUGAUAGUUCAUCGUUGAAAGAAGAUGUAGAAAUAUCACCAGAGACACUUUCUGUAAAAGAGGACACAACAAAUAUUACAGAGAAUGUAACUUCAACUGAAAUAUCAUCAUUGGAACCUUCAGAUAGAAAUGAUCCGCCCGAGGAUCAGAAAGAUGAAAAGGAAGAAGAAACAGUUGAUGUACAGAGUAAAGGUGAACCAUCCUUGGCACUAAAUGCUGUGUUAUCAACAGAAAAUAGUUCUGAAGACAAGGAAUUAAAGGAAACGUCAGACGACGGCAACGCGUCAAAUGAAAAGACCGAUGUAGACCAAAAGUACACAGUUGAAACACCGGAUACAGUUGAGCCAUCUUUGGCACUAGGUGCCGUCAUAGCAAAAGAUCCAUUUCUUGGCAACGAAGAAACCACGGAUAUCACAUUAAAUGGAGUCAUAGAUAUACCUACAACGGAACUGAUAGGAAACGGCGAUAUGGCACAGAAUCAAGAGCAAGAAACAUCACAAGAAAUUGCUCCCAACCAGGACGCUGAUAGUUCAUCGUUGAAAGAAGAUUUAGAAAUAUCGCCAGAGACACUUUCUGUAAAAGAGGACACUGCAGAUGUUACAGAGAAUGUUACUUUAGAAGAAAAACCAUCACUAAAAUGUACAAACAAUAAUGAUCCGAUAGAGGAUCAGAAAGAUGAAAAGGAAGAAGAAAAUGUUGAUACACAGGGUUCCCUUGAACCAUCUUUGGCACUAAAUGCUGUGUUGUCAACAGAAAAUAUUGUGGACGACAAAGAAUUAAUGGAAACGUCUGAAGAUGGCAAUGCAACAAAUGAAAAAAACGAUGUAGACCAAAAUGACACAGUUGACACACAGGAUAAAGUUGAGCCAUCUUUGGCAUUAGGUGUCGUCAUAGCACCAGAUCCAUUUCUUGGCAACGAAGAAACCACGGAUAUCACAGUAAAUGGAGACAUAGAUAUACCUGCAACGGAACUGACAGGAAACGGCGAUAUCGCACAGAAUCAAGAGGAAGAAACAUCACAGGAAGUUGCUCCCAACCAGGACGCUGAUAGUUCAUCGUUGAAAAAAGAUGUAGAAAUAUCGCCAGAGACACUUUCUGUAAAAGAGGACACAACAAAUAUUACAGAGAAUGUAACUUCAACUGAAAUAUCAUCAUUGGAACCUUCAGAUAGAAAUGAUCCGCCAGAGGAUCAGAAAGAUGAAAAGGAAGAAGAAACAGUUGAUGUACAGAGUAAAGGUGAACCAUCCUUGGCAUUAAAUGCUGUGUUAUCAAUAGGAAAUAGUUCUGAAGGCAAGGAAUUAAAGGAAACGUCAGACGAUGGUAACGCGUCAAAUGAAAAGACCGAUGUAGACAAAAAAUACACAGUUGACACACCGGAUACAGUUGAGCCAUCUUUGGCAUUAGGUGUCGUCAUAGCAAAAGAUCCAUUUCUUGGCAACGAAGAAACCACGGAUAUCACAGUAAAUGGAGACAUAGAUAUACCUGCAACCGAACUGACAGAAAACGGCGAUAUGGCACAGAAUCAAGAGCAAAAAACAUCACAAGAAUUUGCUCCCAACCAGGACGCUGAUAGUUCAUCGUUGAAAAAAGAUGUAGAAAUAUCGCCAGAGACACUUUCUGUAAAAGAGGACACUGCAGAUGUUACAGGGAAUGUAACUUCAGUAGAAAAACCAUCACUAAAAUGUACAGACAAUAAUGAUCCGGUAGAGAAUCAGAAAGAUGAAAAGGAAGAAGAAACAGUUGAUGUACAGAGUAAAGGUGAACCAUCCUUGGCACUAAAUGCUGUGUUAUCAAUAGGAAAUAGUUCUGAAGACAAGGAAUUAAAGGAAACGUCAGACGAUGGUAACGCGUCAAAUGAAAAGACCGAUGUAGACAAAAAGUACACAGUUGACACACCGGAUACAGUUGAGCCAUCUUUGGCAUUAGGUGUCGUCAUAGCAAAAGAUCCAUUUCUUGGCAACGAAGAAACCACGGAUAUCACAGUAAAUGGAGACAUAGAUAUACCUGCAACCGAACUGACAGAAAACGGCGAUAUGGCACAGAAUCAAGAGCAAAAAACAUCGCAAGAAUUUGCUCCCAACCAGGACGCUGAUAGUUCAUCAUUGAAAAAAGAUGUAGAAAUAUCGCCAGAGACACUUUCUGUAAAAGAGGACACUGCAGAUGUUACAGGGAAUAUAACUUCAGUAGAAAAACCAUCACUAAAAUGUACAGACAAUAAUGAUCCGGUAGAGAAUCAGAAAGAUGAAAAGGAAGAAGAAACAAUUGAUGUACAGAGUAAAGGUGAACCAUCCUUGGCACUAAAUGCUGUGUUAUCAAUAGGAAAUAGUUCUGAAGACAAGGAAUUAAAGGAAACGUCAGACGAUGGUAACGCGUCAAAUGAAAAGACCGAUGUAGACCAAAAGUACACAGUUGACACACCGGAUACAGUUGAGCCAUCUUUGGCAUUAGGUGUCGUCAUAGCACCAGAUCCAUUUCUUGGCAACGAAGAAACCACGGAUAUCACAGUAAAUGGAGUCAUAGAUAUACCUACAACGGAACUGAUAGGAAACGGCGAUAUGGCACAGAAUCAAGAGCAAGAAACAUCACAAGACAUUGCUCCCAACCAGGACGCUGAUAGUUCAUCGUUGAAAGAAGAUUUAGAAAUAUCGCCAGAGACACUUUCUGUAAAAGAGGACACUGCAGAUGUUACAGAGAAUGUUACUUUAGAAGGAAAAGCAUCACUAAAUUGUACAGACAAUAAUGAUCCAAUAGAGGAUCAGAAAGAUGAAAAGGAAGAAGAAACAGUUGAUGUACAGGGCAUAGUUGAACCAUCUUUGGCACUAAAUGCUGUGUUGUCAACAGAAAAUAUUGUGGACGACAAAGCAUUAAUGGAAACGUCUGAAGAUGGCAAUGCAACAAAUGAAAAAAACGAUGUAGACCAAAAUGACACAGUUGACACACAGUAUACAGUUGAGCCAUCUUUGGCAUUAGGUGUUGACAUAACAACAGAUCCAUUUCUUGGCGACGAAGAACCCACGGAUAUCACAGUAAAUGGAGACAUAGACAUACCUACAACUGAACUGACAGGAAACUGCGAUAUGGCACAGGAUAACGAGCAGGAAACAUCACAGGAAAUUGAUCCCAACCAGGACGGUGAUAGUUCAUCGUUGAAAGAAGAUGUCAAAAUAUCGCCAGAAACACUUUCUGUAAAAGAGGACACUACAGAUAUUGCAGAGAAUGUAACUUCAGCUGAAAUGUUAUCAUUGGAAACUUCUGAUGAAAGUGAUCCCCCAGAGGAUAAGAAAGAUGAAAAGGAAGAAGAAACAGUUGAUGUACAGAGUAAAGGUGAACCAUCCUUGGCACUAAAUGCUGUGUUAUCAAUAGGAAAUAGUUCUGAAGACAAGGAAUUAAAGGAAACGUCAGACGAUGGUAACGCGUCAAAUGAAAAGACCGAUGUAGACAAAAAGUACACAGUUGACACACCGGAUACAGUUGAGCCAUCUUUGGCAUUAGGUGUCGUCAUAGCAAAAGAUCCAUUUCUUGGCAACGAAGAAACCACGGAUAUCACAGUAAAUGGAGACAUAGAUAUACCUGCAACCGAACUGACAGAAAACGGCGAUAUGGCACAGAAUCAAGAGCAAAAAACAUCGCAAGAAUUUGCUCCCAACCAGGACGCUGAUAGUUCAUCAUUGAAAAAAGAUGUAGAAAUAUCGCCAGAGACACUUUCUGUAAAAGAGGACACUGCAGAUGUUACAGGGAAUAUAACUUCAGUAGAAAAACCAUCACUAAAAUGUACAGACAAUAAUGAUCCGGUAGAGAAUCAGAAAGAUGAAAAGGAAGAAGAAACAAUUGAUGUACAGAGUAAAGGUGAACCAUCCUUGGCAUUAAAUGCUGUGUUAUCAAUAGGAAAUAGUUCUGAAGACAAGGAAUUAAAGAAAACGUCAUACGAUGGUAACGCGUCAAAUGAAAAGACCGAUGUAGACCAAAAGUACACAGUUGACACACCGGAUACAGUUGAGCCAUCUUUGGCACUAGGUGCCGUCAUAGCAAAAGAUCCAUUUCUUAGCAACGAAGAAACCACGGAUAUCACAGUAAAUGGAGUCAUAGAUAUACCUACAACGGAACUGAUAGGAAACGGCGAUAUGGCACAGAAUCAAGAGCAAGAAACAUCACAAGACAUUGCUCCCAACCAGGACGCUGAUAGUUCAUCGGUGAAAGAAGAUGUAGAAAUAUCGCCAGAGACACUUUCUGUAAAAGAGGACACUGCAGAUGUUACAGAGAAUGUUACUUUAGAAGGAAAACCAUCACUAAAAUGUACAGACAAUAAUGAUCCAAUAGAGGAUCAGAAAGAUGAAAAGGAAGAAGAAAGAGUUGAUGUACAGGGCAUAGUUGAACCAUCUUUGGCACUAAAUGCUGUGUUGUCAACAGAAAAUAUUGUGGACGACAAAGCAUUAAUGGAAACGUCUGAAGAUGGCAAUGCAACAAAUGAAAAAAACGAUGUAGACCAAAAUGACACAGUUGACACACAGGAUACAGUUGAGCCAUCUUUGGCAUUAGGUGUUGACAUAACAACAGAUCCAUUUCUUGGCGACGAAGAACCCACGGAUAUCACAGUAAAUGGAGACAUAGACAUACCUACAACUGAACUGACUGGAAACUGCGAUAUGGCACAGGAAAACGAGCAGGAAACAUCACAGGAAAUUGAUCCCAACCAGGACGGUGAUAGUUCAUCGUUGAAAGAAGAUGUCAAAAUAUCGCCAGAAACACUUUCUGUAAAAGAGGACACUACAGAUAUUGCAGAGAAUGUAACUUCAGCUGAAAUGCUAUCAUUGGAAACUUCUGAUGAAAGUGAUCCCCCAGAGGAUAAGAAAGAUGAAAAGGAAGAAGAAACAGUUGAUGUACAUGGUAAAAUUGAACCAUCUUUGGCACUUAAUACUGUGUUAUCAACAGACAAUAUUUUGGACGACGACGAAUUUAAGGAAACGUCAGAAGAUGGUAAUGCAUCAAAUGAAAAGACAGAGGAAGGCCAAAAGGACACAGUUGACACACAGGAUACAGUUGAGCCAUCUUUGGCAUUAGGUGUCGUCAUAGCAAAAGAUCCAUUUCUUGGCAACGAAGAAACCACGGAUAUCACAGUAAAUGGAGUCAUAGAUAUACCUACAACGGAACUGAUAGGAAACGGCGAUAUGGCACAGAAUCAAGAGCAAGAAACAUCACAAGAAAUUGCUCCCAACCAGGACGCUGAUAGUUCAUCGUUGAAAGAAGAUUUAGAAAUAUCGCCAGAGACACUUUCUGUAAAAGAGGACACUGCAGAUGUUACAGAGAAUGUUACUUUAGAAGAAAAACCAUCACUAAAAUGUACAGACAAUAAUGAUCCGAUAGAGGAUCAGAAAGAUGAAAGGGAAGAAGAAAAUGUUGAUCUACAGGGUACAGUUGAACCAUCUUUAGCACUAAAUGCUGUGUUAUCAAUAGGAAAUAGUUCUGAAGACAAGGAAUUAAAGGAAACCUCAGACGACGGUAACGCGUCAAAUGAAAAGACCGAUAUAGACCAAAAGUACACAGUUGACACACCGGAUACAGUUGAGCCAUCUUUGGCAUUAGGUGUCGUCAUAGCACCAGAUUCAUUUCUUGGCAACGAAGAAACCACGGAUAUCACAGUAAAUGGAGACAUAGAUAUACCUGCAACGGAACUGACAGGAAACGGCGAUAUGGCACAGAAUCAAGAGCAAGAAACAUCACAGGAAGUUGCUCCCAACCAGGACGCUGAUAGGUCAUCGUUGAAAGAAGAUGUAGAAAUAUCGCCAGAGACACUUUCUGUAAAAGAGGACACAACAAAUAUUACAGAGAAUGUAAUUUCAGCUGAAAUACCAUCAUUGAAACCUUCAGAUAGAAAUGAUCCGCCAGAGGAUCAGAAAGAUGAAAAGGAAGAAGACACAGUUGAUGUACAGAGUACAGUCGAACCAUCUUUGGCACUAAAUGCUGUGUUAUUAACAGAAAAUAGUUCGGAAGACAAGGAAUUAAAGGAAACGUCAGACGACGGUAACGCGUCAAAUGAAAAGACCGAUGUAGACCAAAAGUACACAGUUGACACACCGGAUACAGUUGAGCCAUGUUUGGGAUUAGGUGUCGUCAUAGCAACAGUUCCAUUUCCUGGCGACAAAGAAACCUCGGAUAUCACAGCAAAUGGAGUCAUAGAUAUACCUACAACGGAACUGAUAGGAAACGGCGAUAUGGCGCAGAAUCAAGAGCAAGAAACAUCACAAGAAAUUGCUCCCAACCAGGACGCUGAUAGUUCAUCGUUGAAAGAAGAUGUAGAAAUAUCGCCAGAGACACUUUCUGUAAAAGAGGACACUGCAGAUGUUACAGGGAAUGUAACUUCAGUAGAAAAACCAUCACUAAAAUGUACAGACAAUAAUGAUCCGUUAGAGAAUCAGAAAGAUGAAAAGGAAGAAGAAACAGUUGAUGUACAGAGUAAAGGUGAACCAUCCUUGGCACUAAAUGCUGUGUUAUCAAUAGGAAAUAGUUCUGAAGACAAGGAAUUAAAGGAAACGUCAGACGACGGUAACGCGUCAAAUGAAAAGACCGAUGUAGACCAACAGUACACAGUUGACACACCGGAUACAGUUGAGCCAUCUUUGGCACUAGGUGCCGUCAUAGCAAAGGAUCCAUUUCUUGGCAACGAAGAAACCACGGAUAUCACAGUAAAUGGAGUCAUAGAUAUAACUACAAAGGAACUGAUAGGAAAUGGCGAUAUGGCACAGAAUCAAGAGCAAGAAACAUCACAGGAAAUUGCUCCCAACCAGGACGCUGAUAGUUCAUCGUUGAAAGAAGAUUUAGAAAUAUCGCCAGAGACACUUUCUGUAAAAGAGGACACAACAAAUAUUACAGAGAAUGUAACUUCAAUAGAAAAACCAUCACUAAAAUGUACAGACAAUAAUGAUCCGCUAGAGGAUAAGAAAGAUGAAAACGAAGAAGAAAAUGUUGAUUUACAGGGUACAGUCGAACCAUCUUUGGCACUAAAUGCUGUGUUAUCAACAGAAAAUAGUUCGGAAGACAAGGAAUUAAAGGAAACGUCAGACGACGGUUACGGGUCAAAUGAAAAGACCGAUGUAUACCAAAAGUACACAGUUGACACACCGGAUACAGUUGAGCCAUGUUUGGGAUUAGGUGUCGUCAUAGCAACAUUUCCAUUUCCUGGCGACAAAGAAACCACGGAUAUCACAGCAAAUGGAGACAUAGAUAUACCUACAACGGAACUGUUAGGAAACCGCGAUAUAGCACAGAAUAACGAGCAGGAAACAUCACAGGUAAUUGAUUCAAACCAGGACGCUGAUAGUUCAUCGUUGACAGAAGAUGAAGAAGUAUCAACAGAGACACUUCCUGUGAAAGAGGAUGUUGCAGAAGUUACAGAGAAUGUCACUUCAGUGGGAAAACCAUCACUAAAAUCUACAGAUAAUAGCGAUCCGUUAGAGGAUGUGAAAGAGGGAAAGGUCGAAGAAAAAGUUGAUGUGAAGGAUACACUAGAACCAUCUUCGGCACAAAAUGCUGUCUCAUCAUCGCAAAAUUUUUCGGACGACAACGAAUUUACGGAAACUUCCCACGAUAGUAAUGCAUCAAAUGAAAAGACGUAUGUGGACCAAAAGGACACAGCUGACACACAGAAUACAAUUGAGCCAUCUUUUGAACUCGAAAAUGGUAACCCUGAUGAUGCUGUUUACAUACAAGGUAACCGCGAACCCUCUUUAGAUCUAGGGUUUGUCGCACCAACAGAUCAACCCACAGCAAUAAAUGUUGAGUCAGAGUUCAUUCCCGGCCCGACUUUGCAGGAACUGGUUCCGCCUUUAUCAACAACAGAAAUGUCUUUAAUUGCCGAUAAAGGUCGUUCAGAAAGAAAAAACACAUUACCGAUAGAGGAAAUAUUGGAAAGUUCAGUUAUAGAUGCCACAAUGAAGAGUAACACCGAGAGAGAAGACAAAAAGGAUCAGAUACAUCUUAGUCAAGAACACAAAAUACAAGAAGAAAACGACAACGCUGUAUCAAAACAUCAUUCUACAUUAACUACCGAUGGAUCUAUUAACCUUACACAUGAGCAGGUACAUGAGGAUGUGCACACAACGGAAAACAAAGAUAACAUACAUAAUCACAUCGAAAUGCAAGAGAUAAAUGAAGGCCAGACGACAAGUCAUUUUAAACAAGAAUUAUAUACAAAAGCCACAUCGAAUCCGGAUGACAGCCUGAAACAGAGAUUGUCUGGAAUUACCGAGAAUCAACUACCGGACACGUCAGUAAACCUAAGUGGGGAUGAAAAACAGAAUGAAAUAAUUUCAUAUUCGCACUGCGACAACGAUAACAGUGUGUCAAUCCAAGAUCUACACGAUGUAUCCGCCAAUCAAAGACUACCAGAUUUAAGGGAAUCUCAGAAAAUGGACGACAAGUUACAAGACAAUAAAUUGAAUAAAGAAGAUAGUGGUGAUGGAAAGCCUUCUAUUACAGAGAUUCGUUCAAAAGAAGACAUCACACUUCAUGACGAGAAUGAAGUAAAAGCAGAUUAUCCAAGAACUGUGAUAAAGUCAGAUAAUGAUCACAACAAUAAAGACGAUUCGGACAUGGAAGAAUAUAAAGAUGCUUUGGAUUAUGUGCCAGAAAAAGACACUGAGGAAUUUAUAUUGGCACCAGAAGAAAACAUUAUCGAUGUAAAGGAGCAAUCCAAAAUCAACUCAAAAUCAAGAAAACUUCAACUCACUGACAAAUCACGCGUGGGAGGGUCAUCAGGGAUCAAAAUGGGGACUAAAAAGGAAAUAAAGGAUACAAAAGCAUUAAAAAUGGCGCCAAAAAAGGAAAGUAUUGCCGUAAAUGACAAAUCCAAGAUGAAUCCGGCAUCUCAGAGACAGAGGAACAAAGACAAAUCCCCUAAACGUGGCUCGACGUGGACCAGGAAAGAGACUAAAACCGAACUAAAAGGACCAACAGGAAAUGCUAAAGAAUCUACUCCGGAAAUCGAAGAAAAAGGCCGUAAAACGACCGCGAAGCCAAAACAAAGUAUAUCCAAAUGGAAACCAGUUAUCAAGAACCCUCUAGCUUGGAAAUAAACACUUUAAAGUGUUUUCCCGAUUAGAGGAGUUUGAUAUUGUGAGAGACAAUAUACAUAUAGGGGCAUAACUAUAGAAAAUAUCUAUCCUCGUGAGAAUGUGUAAUGUAUAAUGCACUAAAAAUGUAUUAGGGAAACAAAGUAAUGCGGUGAGAUUAUGACUGAGAAUCAUUAAGGUCUAACCUAUUUUGCAAAAAAAGUAUUUUGAUUUGAUUGUAGAUAUCGACAGAAAAAUUAACGAGGUGUUUAUGCCUUGCCGACAUUCGUAUUUCCCAGCUGUGUGUACAUCUAAUUUGAUUGUAGCCGCAAUUCGCAGAUGUUAAUAAUUUGUGUUUUAUCAUGAAGAUUUUGUUCUGACUGCUAUAGUCUGAAACAUUUUUUGGAACAAUAGUAUCCGUAUUGCAUCGACUGUCUCUGCAGUAAUGCGACUUGAAUAUAUAUCAUUAAAGACGUUUUUGUCUAAUUAUCAAGUGAACAUGUGAUAUGUUGUAACAGUUUCACAUAAUGUAGCAGAUAUAGAUACUGAAAAUAUUUCACCCGCAAAGCAGGCAUGUAAUUCUGAACCAUUGGACUGUAAAUUGCUAUUACAAUUUUGAUACAUGUUUGUAAUGCUAAACAUUUCUAUGUAUUUCGUGAAGCAAUAUUUGAUAAAUUUCGUCUCGGUUUGUCCGCGCGUGUGGAUUGCAGACAUACAGAUCCUCAUAUAUAAUCAUGGGACUGAAAUCAUGAUAUAAACAUGAUCAUGAUAUACAUAUAAAGAUCACAAACAAGCAUAAGCUAAUUUGUCUUCUGAAAUGUAACUGUUACUAAUUGUGUCCAUCAUAUUAUCAUAUGUAUCAUUUGUUUUAUAACAAACCCAUUACUCAUGUCUCUCUAAUAGUUCAAUAGAAAAGGCAAUCGUCCUCUGAGCAAUAUGAAAUUUAAUAAAAUGUACUCUUUUCCUUUAAUUACCU